GAUGAGAUAGGGGGUGUGGUUUUGAUGGUGUCAUGGCUUCCCCCGUCCACGAAGCUGCAUCUUUAUUGAGCCGAGCGUGAAUUAAAUGUAAUUUACUUUCGUAAAAUAAACAUCAACAUUUGAAGGACUGUACAUUCAAGACCUUCAUCAUGGGCACCGUCCACGCGAGGAGUCUUGACCCUCUGCCAAUGCAGGGACCUGAGUUGGGGGUUCAUGCGGAUGACGUCGAGACACCAGAUAUGGAGCAGGAGUCAAAACAAGAGGUUCUUGAAAACAAAGAUGUCAUAGUCCAGCAUGUUCACAUAGAUGGUCUGGGAAGAACCAAGGAGGAUUGCUUAACAUACGAGAUUGCUGGUGUCUUCAGAGCAAAGAACUUGAUUGACGUAAUGAAGAGAGCCCACGAAGCCAGACAGAAGCUCCUCCGUCUUGGUAUCUUCAGACAGGUGGAGGUUGUUAUUGAUACCUCACAAGGGGUGGAUGCUCUGCCUAACGGACUAGAUGUGACAUUUGCAGUGACUGAGCUGAGACGUAUGACUGGUAGCUAUAACACCAUGGUUGGAAAUAACGAAGGCAGCAUGGUUCUUGGUCUGAAGCUGCCCAAUGUUUUCGGUCGUGCGGAAAAGCUUACAUUCCAGUUCUCCUACGGCACGAAAGAGACUUCCUAUGGGCUGUCUUUCUUCAAGCCUCAACCUGGUCACUUUGAGCGCAAUUUUGCCGUUAACUUUUACAAAGUCACAGGCCAGUUUCCAUGGAGCUCGCUGAGAGAGACUGAUCGCGGCGUCUCCACAGAAUUCAGUUUCCCUCUUUGGAAGACAAACCACACCCUGAAGUGGGAGGGUGUGUGGCGAGAGCUGGGAUGUCUGGCGCGUACCGCCUCAUUCGCAGUCCGGGAGGAGAGCGGCCACUCCCUCAAGUCAUCACUCUCGCAUGCCAUGGUCAUCGACACCAGAAACUCCACAAUCCUUCCCAGGAGGGGAGCCUUGCUCAAAAUCAACCAGGAGUUGGCUGGCUACACUGGAGGAGAUGCCAGUUUUCUGAAAGAGGACUUUGAGCUCCAAUUUAACAAACGUCUCUUCUGGGACUCGGUCCUGUCUGCAUCUCUCUGGGGUGGAUGCCUCCUGCCCAUUGGAGAUAAGCCAACUUGCAUUGCUGACAGGUUCUAUCUCGGUGGUCCUACUAGCGUCAGAGGAUUCAGUAUGUACAGCAUCGGCCCACAGAGUGAAGGUGACUACCUGGGAGGUGAGGUGUAUUGGGCUGGAGCUAUCCACCUGUAUACUCCACUGCCCUUCCGUCCAGGCAAAGGGGGAUUCGGAGACCUCUUCAGGACCCACUUCUUCCUCAAUGCUGGGAACCUGUGUAACCUCAACUAUGGUGACGGGCCUCGAGCACACCUGAGUAAGCUGGCGGAGUGUAUCCGCUGGUCCUAUGGAGCGGGAAUCGUGCUGCGACUUGGAAACAUCGCCCGGCUGGAGCUCAACUACUGCAUUCCCAUGGGCGUCCAGAGUGGAGACAGGAUAUGCGACGGGGUCCAGUUUGGAGCUGGAAUCCGAUUUCUGUGAUGUCGUCCUGUUGUCUUGCUGCAUUGAAUUAUGGAACACAGGAGUUUGUUUCGUUGGUUUUAGGAAAUGGAAGGUGAUCUAUAGGGGUCACUUUCAGCACAGCGAAGGUUGCUGGAAAUGAAUUGUCUACUACAACCAAACUAUUGUAAGUAAAAUGGACAAGGCAUCAAUGGGGAUUUUCUUCCACUAUUGAACGAUGAGAGCCUCCAGUGCUCAAGAUGUUAAAACAAGAGGCCUUCACGGGUCCAGAAAGUUGGACCUGUUCCCAAAUGGACCUGGGGCUUUCCCAUCCGGACCCAAUAUGCAUACAUUUAUUUGUUAAAUAUAGAGAACCCGUUCCGAAUGGACACGAGGACAACUAGACCCAUUCCGCGUAGACAUGGUCGGAUCCAGACCACAUCUGAGUGAGGAAAUUCAAAGAAAAGUCAAUUUCAGCUACCGGAGCUGAUAAAGCGCGAGAGACGUAGAGCUCUAGCAGGACGUGUGAGCUAGUGACACGGGGAGCAGGGAAGAGGGAGGGAGAGACGAGAAACGGCAACCGACCAAGCCGACUCGCGCUAUAGUAGAGUAAUAGCAGCCUACCUAGCUAUGUUAUUCUCGUCCUACACAGUUACAAACAACUUCAUUCAGAAUAUUAAGUAGCAGCCUACCUGUUGGCUCUUGGUCUUUGUAGCCCAUCCCUCUCCUUUAACUUCUGUCAUUUUAAAUUAAAUAUUCCAUUGAUAUUUCCUCAUUUUUGCCACACAUGGAGGCUCUAUGACUGUAGCCCAGUGUUUUCCAAACUCAGUCCUGGGGACCCUAUGCGUGCACGUUUAGUUUUUAUGCCCUAGCACUACACAGCUGAUUCAAAUAAUCAAAGUUUAUUGAUGAGUUGAUUAUUUGUGUGCACCGCUUAGGGUCCCCGGGACCGAGUUUGGAAAACCCUGGUCUAGCCUAUUGCUGCUUUGAUGACUUAUGAUUGGCCAACAACAAGCUAGACAUGCCACUCUUGUGAAAAGAGGAGCAGCAUAAAUGAUAUGAUUUCUCUAUCUCUCUGUACUGCAGCAGUCACAUGCAGAUUUGUACGGGUACUUCCGGACAAGUCGGUUUGGUAUUUUAUUAGGAUCCCCAUUUAGCUGUUGCAAAAGCAGCAGUUACUCUUCCUGGGGUCCACACAAAACAUGAAACAUAACAUAAUACAGAAUAUUAAUAGACAAAAACAGAUCAAGGACAGAACUACAUUAAAAAAAUAUAUAAAGGCAUACGUAGCCUACAUAUCAAUGCAUACACACAAACUAUCUAUAGGUCAAAUAGUGGGGAGGCGUUGUGCUGUGAGGUGAUGCUUUAUCUGUUUUAAGAAAGCAGGUUUGCGUGUUUAUUUGGUCGUUAAAAUUACACAUACAAUCAUAAAAGACAAUCAUAUCAGAUCCGACUCAGACCUGUGACAUUAUUUAGAAUUCUGGAUCCGAACCCUCUCGGGUAUUCGGUUACAGGUGGAUCCGUGAAGACCUCUAGUGGAAACCUAAGAAAGGCAGACAUCAGCCAUGAGUGCCCUUAUCAUGAGUCAAAUAUGUCAAUGUGGUCUGGAUUAUUAUGCUGAUUUUAAUAAAUGUUAUCCUCUACAGUUA